AUGAAUUUUAAUGCUUUAUUGUUCUUAAAGCAUGUGACUUUGUGUUGUGUUUGUGUCUUCGGUGAUAAACUCACGGAAUAUGUGCAGAACCCGGCGCUUUCACGGGCCUGCAUCGAUAAUGCCACGCAUGCCUUCAUCGGAUGCGUUGCUGCAGAAAUCGUUCUUCACAGCUUUAAAUACCAACUUGCUCGCCAAGAAUACUGUCUGCUGCUUUUUACUGGUAUGAUAGUCUCGUCAUUUAUAGAUCUGGAUCAUUUUAUUGAGGCAAGAUCGUUCAGUUUACAGGAAGCUACCCACCUCCGCCGCAGACCAUUUCUACAUAAUUCUGCCAUAUGUGUUAUAAUUCUUAUGCUAUUAAUACUUACUAAGCGCGUUGGAAGCAUAAAAUGUGGCCUUUUCAUCGCUAUGGCGUUUAUCGCCUUUAGUACUCAUCAUUUACGCGAUGCAACAAGGCGAGGAAUUUGGAUAAAAUUACCGUUUCAGGACAGCAGCAGUCCUGCGAUUCCUUACGUAGCGUAUCUUGUACUUGUGAAUAUUAUUCCACAUGUGAUUCAUCAUCUAUUGCAAACUACGUUAAGCAAUAGCAGCAGUGUACCAAAGAUGAAACUAGUUGAAAUGGUAUAA